GAAAAACGGUCGCCCACUUGUUUGCUUCCGGGUCACCAUUUCACGUUGCCACACCGUAAACACAGCCCAGUUCAAACAGAAUCGUUCAGGAGAAGCGAUGUACUGCUGUUUCUGUUGAGGUUGGAAUAAUCAUGAAGAACAGAAGCGGGGGCUAUGUGGACCACCGGCUCAAGCAGAGAGUGGAGCAGUACAUGGCGACCUGCUCCAGUGAAUAUGUGGACCUGUCUGCCAUGGCUGUGGAACUCCAGAGACUGCACAGGAUGGAUUACGGCAGGCGAAACAAAAUAGCUUUCAGGAUUCAGGUAGAGAAAGUGUAUGACCUAUUAAUGAAGGACUCUGGGCUAAACGAUCUGGAGAGCAAACACUUGGCUAAGAGAGCAAAGCACAGCACCAACAACACCGGUGAAGGCAGCAGCAGCAGCGCAGAGGAGGACGCCGACAGUGAUGACCUCAUUCUGGAGAACACGCCGACCAGCCACAUGAACAGCUCCCUAACUUCUCUGUACCGGAAAGGACUCCCUGAGUCCGACUCCAGCUCCCCCAGGAGAGAUGCGCUUGCUGCCAGCACUCCUGCCAGCGCAGCCAACGCCCCCCCCAGUGCAGGAACACUGGUGUCCACUGGAGGCUGGUUCAUUGACAAAGGCAGAGGCCCUGAGAAGCGCCGCAUCUUAAUCGACCUGUGUGAUGAGGAGCCCACCAACACUACAGCAAACCAGACAGAUGUGUCCAUUCUCGAGUCGGAGAAAUCUACAAAAAAGUCAAAGAAAAGGACAAAGAUCUCUGAAACCACGAAGUCCCGCACCCCAAAUAAGAAAGCAAAAUCUAAAUCACUGGAGCUGCAGUAUCCCACUCUGAAGUUCGAAGAUGUGGGAGGCAAUGAAGAGACGUUAACGGAGGUGUGUAAGCUGCUGAUCCACAUGCGUCACCCAGAGGUGUACCAGAGGCUGGGGAUGGUUCCCCCCAGGGGCUUCCUCCUGCACGGACCCCCCGGCUGUGGAAAGACCCUGCUGGCCCAGGCUGUGGCGGGGGAGCUGAUGCUGCCCAUGUUGAAGGUGUCUGCUCCGGAGCUGGUGUCCGGCGUGUCGGGGGAGUCUGAACAGAAGCUCAGAGAGCUGUUUGACCUGGCUGUGAGCUCUGCUCCGUGUAUCCUGUUCAUAGAUGAGAUCGACGCCAUUACACCGAAGCGAGAGGUGGCAUCUAAAGACAUGGAGAGGAGGAUUGUUGCCCAGCUGCUGACCUGCAUGGACGACCUGAACAGUCUGACGGUGACGGCUCAGGUGAUGGUGAUCGGGGCCACCAACAGGCCGGACUCCCUGGACCCCGCCCUGCGCAGAGCAGGACGCUUCGACAGAGAGAUCUGCCUGGGGAUCCCAGAUGAAGCAGCUCGACUCAGGAUCUUGAAGACGCUGUGUCGGAAGCUGAAGCUGCCGGUGGACUUUGACUUCCAGCAGCUGGCCCGCAUCACUCCAGGCUACGUGGGGGCCGACCUCAUGGCUCUGUGUCGAGAAGCCGCCAUGAGCGCCGUAAACAGAGUUCUGAUGGAAAGAAGAGCAAAAAGCCAAAGACAGUGCUCCACUGAAGACACGGUAACAGCUGGAGCUCAGACUGAGGAGGCUGUGACAGACGGAGAGGUCACAGAGACACAGACAACAGACAUCAUCCCGGUGCCUCAGGAGGAGGCGGGGCACACUGACCUGCAGAGUCCUUCAGGGCAGUGUGUGUCCUGUGUCCAGCAGGGGGAGCUGUGGCACCUGCUGCAGCUGCUGAACAACACUGAAUCUCUGUCAAUGGAGGAGCUGGCCGGCCUGGCCAUCCUCAUGUCAGACUUCCAGGCGUCUCUGGCCAGCGUGCAGCCCUCAGCCAAGAGGGAGGGCUUCGCCACGGUGCCCGACGUCACCUGGGAGGAUGUGGGGGCGCUGCAGGACAUCAGAGAGGACCUGACCAUGGCCAUACUGGCUCCAGUGCGUUCUCCGGAGCAGUUCAAAGCUCUGGGGCUCAGCGCUCCAUCCGGGGUGCUGCUAGCUGGACCUCCAGGAUGUGGAAAGACUCUGUUGGCCAAGGCAGUGGCCAAUGAGUCAGGCCUCAACUUCAUCUCUGUCAAAGGGCCAGAGCUGCUCAACAUGUAUGUUGGUGAGAGCGAGCGUGCUGUCAGACAGGUCUUCCAGAGAGGACGAAACUCGGCUCCAUGUGUUAUCUUUUUUGAUGAGAUCGACGCUCUGUGUCCGCGCCGCUCAGGACACGAGUCAGGAGCCAGCGUGCGGGUGGUCAACCAGCUGCUCACAGAGAUGGACGGCUUAGAGACCAGACGGCAGGUCUUCAUCAUGGCUGCUACCAACAGACCAGAUAUCAUCGACCCUGCCAUACUGAGGCCAGGGCGUCUGGAUAAAACCUUGUACGUGGGUCUGCCUCCUCCAGCGGACCGCCACGCCAUCCUGCUCACCAUCACCAAGGGAGGGACCAAACCUCAGCUGGAGCAGGAUGUCAGUCUGGAGGAGAUUGCCUUCAACGAGCGCUGCGAUUGCUUCAGUGGAGCUGACCUGACUGCGUUGGUGAGGGAAGCCUCUGUGAAUGCUCUGAGGGAAUACCUGAAGACCAAGCCCCCCACCACUGCCACACCUGGACACACGUUCUCCUCUGGCCCGGUUGUUGACAUCAAAGUGAGCAAACUGAAUUUUGAGGAUGCUUUCAAGAAAGUUCGACCAUCUGUGUCCAAAAAAGACCAGAAGAUGUAUGAGCUGCUCAGAGAGUCCCUCAUCAGAUAACUAUUGGACCAGAACCAGUUCAACUUUAGUGAAUCAUUUUAUGGAAUGUAUGUAUACACAUUUUAUUGUGGUGAAUCAUAACUGAUUCCUGCUUUUGUAAUAAAAAAGUGUAGAAACCAAA